CAGGAUCUGUCAGGGGAGAAACGCGCUCACGAACCUGCGCGCAUCCACGCGCUCAUCUCUCAGACCACCACAGCGCGUGAACUGACAAGAGCCGUCGACUUUGGGAAAUACAGAAGAGCGCGGAACUUUACACCUGGUUGUUCCAUCUCGGAGAUUUCCGUCUCAGAAAAGUCUGUGGUAUGAGAGACAAGACAAGUUCUGUAAAUCUUUAGCGAGGUUGUUAAACAAACUCGACAAAUGCGAAGUGAAAAUUAAAAGAUACGCGCGGUCGUGCACAGAUUUACGAAGAAAACAGCAGUGCGCUCGCGAUGGAUUGAAAGCCUCAACGCAUGAAAACUCAAAAUGGGUUGAAGAAAAGAAAACGACAUCAAAGAGAGUUAUGCUGGGAACUACAUCUGUGGUCAUGUUAAGCAAUUUGGUGACAGGCUUGAAGGAUUUUCACUUUUCUCCGUGUCAUCAGUUCAGUUUUUCUUCAUCACUGAAUAAAACCCUGUUCUUUUGAGUUGAGUUUCACAAUAUGUUGUCUGCCUCAAGCUAUACAUAUCCUGAAUCUAGUGGAUUUCAGGGAUUAGAUUUGUAUCUUUUUGCUGCUGUUCAUUUCCACUGUGCUACCUCAGCAUGUGGGAGUUGUGUGUAGCACAGCAAAUCUCAAGAUAGUGACUGGAUUUUAAUUACUGGGUUUGUUGAAACAGCAGAAAGGAUGUCUCUACAAGUGACAUUUCUUUUGACUGAAAUAUAAGCAUUCAUCACUUCUUUUCAUGUCUUUACGUGGAUGGAUAUUUUUUCUUCCUGGAAAAGCUGUAAGACGAUGCUCAGAACUGGCCAUGUCAGAUUUUUUACAUGUUUGACCUAAUCUUACUUCGUUAACUUGAAGUAUGAACUGCUGAGAAGAUGUGUAGUCCUGACCUUUAAACUAAUUUACUGAGAGCUGUGGGUACUGCCCAUACCUUAGUACCCCAUUCAUCUCUUCAGAAUUCAGGUCUGUAUGUCUAAAUGACAUUAAAGUGCAGUUGAUCAACUAAAUAUAACAUUUGGUGCUAUAAAUAGUCUUUGCUGAUGUUAUUCAAUUGCUAAGGCUCAAUUUAUAACAUAUAGGAUUAAAGAUAAACGGUUAUAUCAGGCUUCGACCUUCACCUUACAGUUGUUUUACCCCCCCACUGUACCUAUCAGGCGGUGGGGGGGAAGAGUAAAGCCCAAAUUAUGGAGUCCAACCCAGACAGCCCGAGUCGGGCUGUGGAAUACCUACUGGAGCUCAAUAACAUUAUUGAGAACCAGGCCAAACUUUUAGAGUCGCAACGUAAACGCAUCGAGGAGCUCCAAACACAGCUAGACCGUGUCAACCAGGAGAAUCAGGACCUACGACAGGACAGGAGCCCAGGAACCGAGAACUCAACACAGAAUCACAGCUACAACCAGAGCUCUAAGCCCGGCCAGCCAUCAUCGCUUCCAAACCACAAUGUUGGAGGAGUCCAUCAGAACAGCAACAGUACCAUACCUUCAUCAACGAUGCCUGGUCCAGCUCGACGGACCCACGCGAGGUUGACCAGAGGCCUGUCUUGUGGGUCAGCUCCUGUUGAGAAAGAGAGGGGACGACUGGAGCGAAAUGACAGCUCUGGGACCAACAACACGUCAACUCUACGGAAACAUGAGGAGGAGACCCAGGGUUCAGAUACGCAUCCCUUCUCAGACAGUUCCUGCAGUAAAUCUCCUUACAUACACAGCUCUGACCAUUACGGGGACAACAGCUGUGGCCCCCCAGUCCCCCGGGUGCCUUUUGUGGCCCCUCCAAGCCCAGCCAGCCUUGCCUGGGCCCAGCGUACACGUAACCAACCAGCUAGCCUGGCCCUACGUAAACAAGAGGAAGAGGAGAACAAGAGGUGCAAAGCUUUAUCGGACAGCUAUGAGCUCUCUACAGACCUACAAGACAAGAAGGUGGAGAUGCUGGAGAAGAAAUAUGGUGGUUACUUUGUGAGUAGACGAGCAGCACGUACCAUCCAGACAGCGUUCCGUCAAUAUCGGAUGAACAAGAACUUUGAGCGCUUGCGCAGCUCUGCCUCUGAGAGCCGCAUGACACGCCGCAUCAUCCUUUCCAACAUGCGACUGCAAUACUCGUUUGACGACCGGCAGCCUCAACUGCCCACCCCAACUCACUACAGCCACAGUCCAGGAAUGGGUCCUCCACAUUCUCCAACCUGCACCACAGAGCCAAGCUCCCCACGGCCAGAUUACACCCACCUAGAGGACUCCUUCUCUAAACAAGUGAAGUCCUUGGCUGACUCCAUUGAUGAUGCUCUGACUUGCCGACCACGGCGAGAUGAUUCCCAGGAUGGCAUAGGGGAUGGAAGUGCUGUUGUGGAUGACUUUGGCGAGUGCAUCUGGAGCAGCAACAGCCAUGCGUCCCUUCGCAGAGGCCUUGGAGACAGGGAUCGAGGAGGUACCGGAGGUUUGAGUAUGCAUGAGGAUAGUACAGCCACCUCCUACAGUGAUGUCACACUCUACAUGGAUGACGGAUUACCUUCCUCACCGCUUUCCCUAGACCGGGCACCUAGUAGCACGGACACUGAGUUCUGGGGGGGUGUUGGAUGUGGGGUAGGCGGUAGGGAAGACAGCCGUGACACGGAAGGGGGAGGGAGCAGCAACAGUCGUCGAAGCACACCGUGCACAGAAUGCCGCGAUUACCGUUUACGGGGGGGACACUUACCGCUUCUCACAAUUGAACCACCUAGCGAUAGCUCAGUGGACAUGAGUGAUCGCUCAGACCGAGGUUCCCUUAGUAGACAACUGGUUUACGAGCAAGACUCAGGGGGAGGGUCACCUCAAGGGACACUGAAACACAACCCCAAUGCUCGUUCAACAUCCUCGACAGCCGCGCAAGGUCAAACACGUCCAGUUAGCAGAUCGCUACCGUCACAUAUCCCACACCAUAUGGCUCACCAUCACCACCAUCAUCACCACCACCACCACCAGUACCCUGACACCCCCUCGUCCUCUUCCUCUCCUCAACAGCCGCCGACUACGCCGCUUUCAUCCUCCUCCUCAGCACCGCUGCCUCCUGGUGGCCUGGAGCAGCAGUGCUGCUCAGAUGGUGAUAAUGACUCGCUAAACUCCACCACAAACUCUAACGAGACCAUUAAUUGCAGCUCAGGCUCCUCAUCAAGGGACAGCCUAAGGGAGCCUCUGCCCCCUCUAGGAAAACAGACCUACCAGAGAGAAAGCCGGCACAGCUGGGACUCUCCUGCCUUUAACAACGAUGUGGUACAGAGAAGGCAGUAUCGCAUCGGACUGAAUCUCUUCAACAAGAAGCCAGAAAAGGGUAUCCAGUACCUGAUUGAGAAGGGCUUUGUGUCAGACACACCAGUCGGCAUUGCUCGCUUUAUCCUGGAGAGAAAAGGCCUGAGUCGACAGAUGAUUGGAGAGUUUCUUGGCAACAGACAGAAACAGUUCAACAAAGAUGUUUUGGACUGUGUUGUGGAUGAAAUGGACUUUUCCGGAAUGGAUCUCGAUGACGCUCUGAGGAAGUUUCAGGCUCAGAUAAAAGUGCAAGGAGAGGCCCAGAAAGUGGAAAGACUUAUUGAGGCCUUCAGUCAAAGGUACUGUGUUUGUAAUCCAGCACUGGUGAGACAGUUCCAGAACCCAGACACAAUCUUCAUCUUGGCUUUUGCGAUCAUCCUCCUCAACACAGACAUGUACAGCCCCAACAUCAAAGCAGAAAGGAAGAUGAAGCUGGACGAUUUCAUCAAGAACCUGCGAGGGGUGGAUAAUGGUCAGGACAUCCCACGUGACCUACUGGUUGGAAUCUACCAGCGCAUUCAGAAGUGGGAACUGAGGACCAAUGAUGACCAUGUUUCUCAAGUCCAAGCGGUGGAGAGAGUCAUUGUGGGCAAGAAACCUGUUUUGUCUCUGCCCCACCGCAGGCUGGUGUGCUGCUGUCAGCUCUAUGAAGUCCCAGACCCCAACCGUCCUCAGAGGUCUGGAGUCCACCAGAGAGAGGUCUUCCUCUUCAACGAUCUGAUUGUGGUUACCAAGAUCUUCCAGAAGAAGAAGACCUCUGUCACAUACAGUUUCAGGCAGUCCUUCCCUCUGGUGGAGAUGCAGGUUCACAUGUUCCAGAACUCUUACUACCCUCAUGGUGUCAGACUAACGUCAGCGGGCCCAGGAGGCGAGCGUAAAGUUUUGAUUGUGUUCUCAGCUCCCAGUCAACAGGACCGUACACGGAUUGUCAGUGAUCUGAGGGAGAGCAUUGCAGAGGUGCAGGAAAUGGAAAAAUACAGAGUGGAGUCUGAGCUGGAGAAGCAAAAGGGUGUGAUUAGGCCCAGUCUGCUCACCAACAGCAUCAUGGGUGGAGGAGUGGGUGGGGUCAAGAAUGAAGUGGUCAAUGGCACUAUGGGUAGAACAAGUCUGGAUGACAACUAUUCCCCAGGAGAGGGCCUCAAACGCACUGCUCUCAGCUCCUCACUGAGGGACCUGUCUGAAUCAGGGAAACGUGGCCGCAGAAACAGCGUUGGUUCCCUUGACAGUACAAUGGAAGUAAGUCUGAGUGAAGCAGAGCAGUCCGCGGCCUCACCAGCGUUACCCAGUAGCCACUGUGCUCCCGGGAUGCUAUGGAACAGAAGACUACCGGCCUCACCGCCCCAUCCUGAGCCCCGGAGUGGGGGUGGGGGGUGGGCCGGGGCAGCAACAAACACCUGCUGUGACUGGCGCUGGGCCAGUCUCCAGCAGCACCGAGAGAGGAAUGAGUGGAAUGGGGACUGGGACCAACAACAACGCAGGCUCCUUCCUGGGCUCCCUGUUUGGAGGCAAAAGAGCCAAGGCCCCAGGGCCUAUCAUCCCCCCGGGGCCACCAUACCCCGCCCCUGUGGCCCCACCGACCACUGGAGGACCUCCGCCUCCUUCCCCUUCCUCCCUAUGUCCGGGGGAGGGAGGGGGACCUUCCAAGAUCCAAGCCCUGCACGCCCAGUACUGCCACACUACCAGCAACAGUGUCAGUGGGCAGCCUCCACCCCCAUACUACCACCACCAUCGCUACCACACGCAGACUGUACCGGCAUCUGGCCAGGUGCACCAUACGCUUCAGCGGGUUACCUUGCCUCGUCGGCCACCCCCCAACCCCUCCGUGCACUCCCCAUACCAGCCGAUCUCCCAGCAUACUUUGCAGGGUCGCUACGGGAGUAUGGGCAACAUGGGCUCCGGCCCCCCUCCCCCCCUUUCUCCUCACUCCCCACUCUCCCCUCACCCACAGUUUGCGCUGUUCCACACACAGCCCACACACUCGGCCAGAGGGGGCGCCAUCAACAAGCCCCCUCUCACACUGUCACACUCGCACCCACACACACACUCCCACACCCACCCCGUGCACAUACACACGCCGCACCCAGGGUCCCACCCCGUGCACCAACCUCACUUCGUCUUCGCCAGCCCUCCUCCUCCGCCUUUCCCUGCUCCCACUCAGCCGCCUCCAGUCUCCGCGUCCGCCACUGCCCACCACGGGCCGCCGGCCGCCCAGUAUCUGCCCCAGUAUCCACCGCUGUCCUCCAUCCCCCCUCCCCCCCUCCACUCCCCUUUACCCCCCCCUUCCUCCCCCCUUACCCCUCUUACACCUCUCUCCCCUCUCCCCCCCCAGCACCAAGGCCCUCCUACCCAACCCGGGUGUCAGCAAGGACCCUCGCCGGCUCAGACUGGAGCCGGACCUGGGGGGACGGGCACGGUCGAACGCGUCAAAUCCAAAUCUACCAACCGGAUCAGCACGGUAGUGUGAGCCAGGGGAAGUCACGAAGCUGGGGGUCGCUGAGGGGUCCUAUAGUGGUUGGAGGAGGGACUGCUGCGAGGGUGGAGGAGGCGGGCAGCAGCAGGGCUAAAGGCGAUAACAACACUAGCGGCAAAAAGAAACGCAGCCUGCUAAGACUCUGUUACUUUCACUUGCGUUUCCCUCAAGUGUAAAAAAGGGCACUGAAGGGACUUAAUGAGAAGAAACUGCGCAAACACACAUAUGAGCAUGUAGUAUAACAUGUGAUGACAACAAAGUACACAGAUAGUUUGAUACACAUGAAGGCUCUCAGGUAGAUAUAGUGCUGAGUUGUUGUAGAUGUCAUUGUCAUUUGAUAAUGUAACCAAACAAUAACUUUCUAACAUGCUUCUCCUUAAACAAAUCACACAUUCAGACAAAAUUUAGGAUUACAAACAUGUGUAUACUCAAACAUAAAUAAUCUCCACAGCCUUGAUUCAAUUGCUUGUAGCCAUAUUGUUAGGGGAAAUAGCACAUUCAUUAUUGCAGGUAUUCACAGGCAUUAAUGAACUAGUUUUAAUACCUUUCUUGAAAUGAGAACCUGUCCAGAAAAUGUAAAGACCAGAGAGCAUACUAAUGACUCUAUUCUCCAUUUAUUCUACUGGGCAUAUACAACAAAGCACAGUACAUAUUUAAUUAUUUAUUACACUCCAGUAUAACUGUCCAAUAGAAACGUGUUACGCAUUAGUCGAUAGCAGUUCAAAGAUGCAAUAAUCUUUUCACUAAAUUGUUGUCCAACUUUUUCUAGCUGAUUAAUAUUAAAUGCUCCAUUUUCUUUUUUUUUUUUCACAUCUAUAACAUUGACAUGAAUGCAUUCAUAGGGAUAAACUUACAAAGCAAAUAUUUAACACCCAGUCCGAUUGUUCAAAUUUCUGAAGUAUGUUAAUAUUGGUCUUUUCCACUUCAACACCAGACAUCUGUAAAAAAAAAAAAAAAAAAAAGGAAGAGGAAAGGCUUGUAUGUGGAUGUGCCAUGUUUGUAAUCAAACUAGUUCAUUUAAAAUUAUUGUCCAUCUGAAUCAAAAUUAUUCACCUGUGUAUGCAAUGUCCAUAAUUCCAUUAUUUCUCAAACUUGAAACACCACUUUUAGUUAAAUACUUUCAAAAAAGGAUACAUUCAUGCAGAAAUGGAAAAACAAUAAGCUAACUUCAUAAUUUCUCUUUAAAAAUUAUCUUUAUAAAGAGCUUGUUUUAGAAAUAUUUAUUUUUCUUUAAUGUUGAACCUAAAGUAAUAAUUGUGUGCAAAAACUAGACAAAAAAUCAAAACAGUUUAUUAGAGUAAUUUUAGUGUACAUUACAUUUUACAAACAGUUUAGCUUGACACUGAAUUUGUUUAUGAAGAAACUAGAAGGGCUUGAAUUAAUUUAAAUGAUCUUGAAUCAAUUUCAAGUAAAAAAACAUCCAUCCAGCUACUAAAUGGAGCCAAUUGGCAACCUUAAUAGUCAUCAAUGUCUAAAUUGUUAAUCCUUUUUGUAAUAUAUAUAUAUAUAUAUAUAUAUAUAUAUAUAUAUAUAUAUAUAUAUAUAUAUAUAUAUAUAUAUAUUGUUUCCUCUAAAUUUGUCAACAUUAUUUGAAAUGUCUGUAUUAAUUUAUGCAGUGCAAAUCAAUUCCACUGGGUCGUUGCAUUAAUACUGCCAAUCAUAUACUUUACAAAGUGUUUUUUGAUUAUAUUUUAUGAUGUUAUAUGAAUGUUUGCUACUAACAUUUUAAUGAAUAUAACUUAUUCUGUUAUGUUAUGAAAUUACAGAUGUUAUAAAUUUGACAAAAUAUGAUAGAUUGUAAAUAGAAAAUGCUUUCUCAUGCUCUGACAUUCAACAGUGGAGUGUCAAGGACAUGUUUUAUUGUUAUAAAUGAUUUUUAUGGACAAACGCACUUGUCUUUACAAGUGUCCUUGAGACUUUGUAUGGGUAUUAUUUAACUUGUACCAGUCAUGACGCUUUUGAUUCCGUUUUUUGUGUGCAGCAGAUUUUCAAUUUGGGCUGAAAGAUGGCCUAUUUUGAUGUGUUGAACAUAAUGCCAUUCUUUAGUUUGCCAGAACCUUCCUCUUCUUUCUCAGUCUUGAUAAUAAAGGAGAGGAGGAGGAUGGAGGAAUUAAUAUAUAAUUCAUGUAUUAGUACAAGGAUUUCAGUUUACCUGAAUGAGAAAUCAAGGUUCUAGCCUUAAGCAAGGCCUUAGUGUAAGUAGUGCUUGAAGUUUCUGUUUGUGUGGAUGCACACCGUAAUACCGUGAUCUCAAGUGCUGUUAUAUAUUUUUGGGACUGGGCUUAAUGCAGAUGCUCAGUAUUAUACAGUAUGUCUUGUUGUGAUGCUCAAAUGUGGAGUGUAAGAUAUGUAUGCCCUUUUCCUACCCUAUUACAACAUCAUGCAUCUAUUAGUUCAUAAUCUUGCCAAAAAACAAAAGGGUCCAUUUGAAGAUUAGCUUCUACAUAUAUAGUAAUUAUGUAUAUGCUUGCAUUAAACACAGCAUUUCACAGUACAGAAUAAUAGCAGGGGAUGGUAAGUGGAAAUGGGGCUCCAGCUACAGAUAUUGUUAUAUAUUCAUACCCAAAUACCAAUGUAUGUUUAAAAUUAAAAAAAGUUUAGAAAUCCAUACAUUACUAAUUGCAUUCACUUUAUUUUCUAACUUAUUUCCAGAAUUGUUUUCUUUAACUGUCUGUCCUCCCUAUGUGAAUUAUAUUGCAUGGGUAUGUCCGUAGGCUUCUUACUGAGCUCUGUAUAAACAAACUGUACAUAGACUGUCACUGUAUGAUUUGAUAUUGACAAUAGAAUGGGAAAAAAUAUAAAAAAGGUGUGUGUGUGUGUGUGUGUGUGUGUGUGUGCGCACGUGUGUGUAUGUGUGUGUGUGUGUGCGGGUGUGUGUGUGUGUGUGUGUGUGUGUGUGCGUGUGUGUGUGUGUUUGGGGAGGUGGCAUUAAGUGUAGAUGAUUAUUUAUUUUGAUGGAAGAACAAGAAAAUUGAUUUAAUCUGUAAACUAGUGUAUGUUAAAGCAGAUGGAUGUGUAAUAUUGGAGAAAAAAGGUAUAUGAAGUCAUCUUAUCUGAAUACAGAUAUUAUAUGAAAUUCAGAGAGAUGUGAAUAUUUAUUGCCUAUUAUUAUGAAUAAAAAUAUAUAAAGUGUCUUGGCAAUU